AAAUUGAUCCUCAUUUCGAGUUUUUCCUGGUUUUUGUGCAAUUUUAAUUGCUAUAAUUUCGUGUUUUCCUCGUUGUUUUGCUUAAAAGGUUUAUUCGGCUUAAAUAGUUUGGUUAAUAGUAGAUUCAUAAGUGGGGGUGUACUUGAGCUAGGGUGAUGUAGAUACUUCGAGUUUCAAAGCUGUAUUGUUAAAUUUAUACAGUAAUUUUGUUUUUGGCUCAACGGGUGUCUGCCAAGUAUUGUCGGCCUAAUUGCCGCUAGAUACAUUUUGUUUGAACACUAAUAAUAGCGCUGGUAGAUGUGCUUCAAGUUUUUAACAAUUCGAAGAUUAUUCGCUAAGACCUACGUGAAAAUAUUUCUGAUAGAGGCACUGCAAGAGUUUUGUUUCAUAUUUUUUCGGUUAUAUGGUUUUUGUCUCAUUUUAUGUCUGCCAGCUUGACAUGCUAUUUUUGUGAUGUAGUUUUUUUCCGUUAUAUGUUUUUUGUCUCAUUUUAUGUCUGCCAGCUUGACAUGCUAUUUUUGUGAUGUAGUGAAUGCAAAUGGUGCUUAUGACGUGCCUCUUGUUUAUGGGUUGUAUUUCUUAUAGGGUCUGUUCUGUUUAUUUUGCUUUUUACCAAGUCAUGUUUUUUAAGAUUUUUUGACGUUCUUCAAAAAUGACUGAUGUGACAGAGUUCAAAAAAUUGGUCAUGGAGAAUUUGAACUCUAAAGGAGUUCUCCAGCAGAUCCAAGCGAAUCUAAGAAGCGAAAUAUUCAAAAGUCUUCACGAAACGGAUUCAGUUGCCAAAGGAGAAUCACUCUGUCAGGAAAACUUAGUCAUCAAUGAGCUGAUUAGGGAGUAUCUGGAGUACAACAAACAUCAGAACUCACUGUCUGUAUUUCAAAUGGAAACUGGAACUCCAAAGAAUGGCGUCGACAGAGAAUUUGUGAAAAGUGAUUUGAAUUUGGAAGAAUCGGGAACAAACAUGCAAAAGUUGCCACUUAUAUACGGAAUAGUCUCUAUGCUUCAAAGCAUAGACCAACACAAGAAGAUUCAAACUGCGUUUUCAAAAACCAAUAGAACGAAAAUGCCAUCCCAAGUUCGAGAGCCGAAUGAUCAAAUCCGAAUCGGCGGCGAAAGUCGUAGCAUGUAUUCAACUCUGAGCGAUGACGCUGCAAGUCAAGAAGAGGAAGGUUAUACUAGCAUCAAAAAUGCAAGAGUUCCGGAUUCGGGUAGACAAAGCGCCGCUUCUAUUGGAAUGGCAGGAUACUCCGCAAAUGAUUUCGAGGUUUCGUCCGAAAACGACGAUUCGUCAAGUCGUCGAAAGACACCGUCUGUUGGAAGCAGCGGACCCUCUCGUGAAACGUCAUUCAAUGGAUAUAGCCAUGAGAAAUAUGGCGAUUAUGAUGAAGAUGACGACGAUGAUGAAGAUUAUUUGACAAAUUCUGUGAAUGUAAUGGCUAUUGAAGACUUAGCUCCUGUUGAUUAAUUUUUUAAUGAAAAAGUCUUGUAAAUAUCUGUGAAUAUGUAAGUGUUAAAUUAACCUUUAAGAGUUUGAUUGUAUUGAAUUCAAAGCUUUCGAGAGA